AAACAAUAGCUGUACCUGCUGGAAAAUGCUGCCCGGAAUGCGUUCCAAAACCCUGCUCCGUAGCGGGAAGAGCAUUUGAGCAUGGAGAACAGUGGCAGAAGGAUGCCUGUACAACUUGUAUAUGUCACCAAGGAGAGCCCAGGUGUCUCAGACAGACCUGCAGUCCACUGACUUGCCAGAAGGGGGAGAACAAAGUGAGACGCCCAGAGAAGUGCUGUGAGGAAUGCGUGCCGGCCGAGGGGAGCUGCGUCCAUGAAGGGUCGGUCAGAUACCACAGCGAGAUGUGGAGGGGUCCUCGUUGCGAGUUCUGCGUGUGCGACGCAGGCCGGGUCGCUUGCCGGAAGGGAGAAUGUGCCAAAGUGGAGUGUGACGUGGGUGAAGAAUUAAUUCAUUUAGAAGGCAAGUGCUGUCCUGAAUGUAUUUCAAGAGGUGGCCCCUGUGUUUAUAAAGAACAUACCAAAGAUAGCGGUGAGAAAUGGAGCGAAGGUCUUUGCCACGAAUGUCAGUGCCAGGAUACCAAGGUGGUCUGCUAUUCUGCUUCUUGUCUGACCUGUCCCUUGGGCAACGUGCCAGUAGCUGUUCCUGGGGAAUGUUGCCCGCAAUGCAAGCCAGGGCAGUGCCACGCAGACUGUUUAACCUGCUUGCAGUCUUUCGAUCUCUGCGACUCCUGUCGUGAUACGAGCAAAUUCCUGAAGAACGGACACUGUGUGUCCAGUUGUGGAUCUGGAUACUAUCAAGAUUCUGGGCUUUGCGUAGCUUGCAAGAAAACAUGCUCUACCUGCACCAGUGCAUUCACGUGCAAUUCAUGUCAAGAUCCGCUGCUGUUGAAGAAUGGCCAGUGUGUUGAAUCGUGCGAGGAAGGGUACUUCCCAGCACUUCGUCAGUGUAUAGCUUGCCAUGAAUCUUGUUCUAUCUGCUGGGGCCCAGCUGCUAGCAACUGUUUGGCCUGCGAAGAUCCAUCUCGUGUGCUACUGGAAGGGAGCUGUGUCGCUGCUUGCAGCCAGGGAUUCUACGUCAGGGAUGGCAUUUGCAACGCUUGCAACGAAACUUGUGAAACGUGUUACCCAGACCAUCCCAGAUGUUUAACUUGCGCUUCUGACAAAGUUCUGCAUGAUGAGGACUGUGUGCUGGAAUGUCCCGGGGGCUACUAUUUGGAUAGUUCUCGGCGAUGCAGAGGUUGUCACAGUGGGUGUGCCACCUGCACUGGUCCUCUCUCUACUCAGUGCACUUCGUGUUCUUAUCCUCUGGCCCUGCAUCAGGGUCAGUGCCUGUCAGCCUGCGGAGAGGGCUUCUACCAGGAUCACGCCAUCUGCAAAGGGUGCCAUUCGUCGUGCCGUGAGUGUGUUGGCCCGGAAUAUUUACACUGCACUCGGUGCGCAAAGCCAGAAGAAAGUCUGCAGCCGGAAGAAAACCUUGGGGCGGCACUAGUUGGUGUCUGUCUUCCCCAGUGCAAAGCUGCCUUCUACCUCAGCAACGAUGGGGUAUGCAGAGAAUGUCACUCCUCGUGUUCCUCCUGUGUUGGGAAAUCUGCUGAGAACUGCACGGCAUGCACAGUUUCCCGAGUGCUUUACAACGGCCAGUGUCUGUCAGCAUGUCCUGAGGGGUGGCGUGACCAGGAAGCACAUUGCUAUCCCUGUCACCCUUCUUGCAAAACAUGCCAAGGUCCUUCGGACGCUGACUGUGCAACCUGUCAACCUCACGCCAUGUUUGCAAGUGGAAGAUGUCGGACUUCCUGCAAGGAGCAGCAGUACCUUAACCUGGUGGGAUAUUGUGUCGAUUGUCACCCUCUGUGCCAGCAGUGUGUCGCCGAUCUCCAGGACAUGGGAAGCAUUUGCUUGAAGUGUCAAAAUGGCCACCACUUGCUCCUGAAGGACCACUGUGUGCCCAGUUGCCCUGUGGGGCACUAUGAAGACAAUGGAGUGUGCAAAAGAUGUCACCCUUCAUGUAGAACCUGCAGCAAUGGAGAUCCUUCCUCCUGCAUGGCGUGUGAUUCCCACCUCGUUCUCUCUCACACCGGCAUGUGCGUCUCAACCUGUCACCUGGGAUAUUACAGGGAUGAGAACCAGCAUUGCAAACCUUGCAGCCAUUCGUGCCUGAGCUGUGAUUCAGGAGCCGCUUGUACCUCCUGCAGAGACUCAUCCAAAGUCUUGCUGUUUGGUGAAUGCCAGUACGACAGCUGCGCUCCUCAGUAUUACCUGGAUUUCUCUUCCAAGACCUGCAAAGAGUGUGACUGGAGUUGCAACGCCUGCAGCGGUCCCCGGAGCACUGACUGCUUGCAAUGCAUGGAGGGAUACAUUCUCCACGGUGGCGUCUGCGUGGAACACUGCCCCUCAGCCUUCUACCAGGAAUCGGAUGCGUGCCAAAGUUGUGAUGUCCACUGCCUCCAGUGCCGUGGCCCCAGCGAAUGCAAUUACUGCAAAUCCCCGUAUCUUCUGUUGGAUUCACAGUGUGUUACGGAAUGUGGAAAUCCUUACUACGCAGACCACAAAGAGAAAAAAUGCACAGCUUGCCCUGAAAAAUGCCUGGAGUGUGAUGGACCCAGCCAUUGUCGAGUGUGUGAAGCCACCACGUUUCUGCAAGAAGGACUGUGUGUUUCUGACUGCAGCCAGGGUUUCUACGGCCAUCCUCAGAAGGGAGAGUGUGAAGUUAUCAUGCGUCCACCUAUGCUCAGUGCGAACGGCUCACUCCAAGUGGGGAUCGGUGGGGUGAAGCCGCUCGGCGUUUCCUUUGUGGAUAUUCAAGGCCUUGAUGGGCGGAGAGAAGACCUACUGUUUCGAGUGGCUCGUUCUCCCACCAAUGGCAGGCUGCUGACUGUGGCGAGUGGGCGGGAGGCAGUGUUGAACCAAGGCGACAAUUUCACCUGGGAUGAUGUGAAGCAGCAACAUGUUCUCUUUGCGCACGAUAAGGAGAAAUCCAGGAAUGGUCAUUUUUCCUUGCAAGUCGGCAUUCAGCAAUACUUUUCCGAGCCUGAAGUAUUCAUCGUUCAAGCACUCUCGACACAGGCUCCCCGUGUGCUAAAGAACGAAGCUCUCAUUCUUGGCAGAGGGGAAACUGGAACCAUAAACAACCAUUUGCUUGACAUUUGGGAUGACGACAAUCCUGAGGACAUGACGGUGUCCAUUCUGGAUCUUCCACGUCACGGCCGGCUAGUCAGACUUCCAAAGACCGCAUUGUCUGUGAUGAGCACGUUCAAGCUUGAUGACCUUGUAAAAGGAUUGUUACGUUAUGUCCAUGAUGGAUCCAGGAGUUCAGGAGACUUGGCCGUUCUCCAAGCAAAUGAUGGGUACCAUUCCCAGAACAUACUCUUCCAAAUCAGGAUUGUUCCAAAGAGCAAUGGGAGUCCCCAGGUAGUUGCCAGCUCCACAGUGUGGGUCCCCGAGGGAGGGAUGCUACAGAUCACCAGCAGAGUUCUACAUGCUGAGAUGCCCGGGGUCGGCGAUUCUGCAAUCGUCUAUACCAUCAGAGAACCACCACUAUAUGGGGAAGUGGUGUUUUUGGUCCCCAUGCCUGCCGAUGAACCUGGCCUGAAAUGGCAGCCUCUGCCCAACGGAAGAGCAGCCACGCCCACCACUUCGUUCACCCAGCAGGAUAUCAACGAAGGGGCCAUAUGGUACCGGCACUCUGGAUCUGAGACAGAGAGUGACUCCUUCGGCUUCCAGGUCUCCAGCUCCGCCAUUCCACAGGUCCAUCUGGAGACCCAUCUGCUCAACAUUGCCGUUCUUCCGCAUGCUUCUGAAUCACCUCAGCUCUCCCUUGGCUCUUCUCUCCAUAUGACGGCUUUGGAAGAUCGGGUGACUGCCUUAGAACCCUUCCACCUUUCUUUCGUCGACUCAGAGAGUCCCAGCGAGAAACUCGUGUUCAAUGUGACCGUGCCUCUACCUCCAAACCAAGGUAUUUUGGAACAUAGGGACAGGCCGAUGUUCCCAGUAAAGUACUUCACGCAGGCUGACGUCAACCACGGCAAGAUUGUGUACCGUCCACCCACUGCAGCUCCGCACAUCAGAGAGAUGAUGGAGUUCUCCUUUGCUGGUCUUCCAGAAUCCAUCAACUUCCGUUUUACAGUGUCUGAUGGUGAACAUACGACUCCUGAAAUGGUGUUUACAAUCCACUUGUUCUCCACUGAUGAGCAACAUCCAUUAUUCCAGAUUACAGCACCGAUCCUGGAGGUCAGCCAAGGAGGCAGAGCUACAAUUGGGAUACAACUGGAACUUGGUGACACACACGCAGCUCCCAAAGACCUCUUCUUUGAGUUGGUGGAUCCUCCCCAUCACGGAGUUCUCCUCAAGCACAGCGCUGGAUUUCCCAACCAUAUGAGUGCUGGCGAUACCUUCACGUAUGAGGAAAUCACCCGGGAUUCUUUGCAGUACAUCCACGACGGCUCGUCCACAACAGAGGACGGGAUGGAAAUUUCCGUAUCGGAUGGAACGACCUCCGCCACAACUGUGUUAAAAGUGAAAGUGCUGCUGAUGGACGACGGGCCCCAGUUGGCUCCUGGCUGCUCGCUGAGUGUCGUGGUUUCUAGUAAAAGCUCUGCGGUCAUCACUCGAUCCCACCUUGCUUAUACGGACAAUAACUCCCCUGAUUCCAAGAUAAGGAUUCAGUUAAUUUCACUUCCCAUGUAUGGUUCGCUUUUGCAAAUAUCUCCGGGGCCACAUUCGGAGGAGUUUUCUGAGAUCUAUAAUUUCACAAUGGAAGACGUCAAUGACCAAAGAAUCAGAUAUUCCACAGACUUUGCCGCCGUCGAUCAACCAGUCACCGACGUUUUCCACUUUGCCGUGUUUGAUGCUGACAACAACCAACUUGACAGUCAAAUGUUCACCAUCACAAUCACAGAUGCCCAGGGCACGCUGGACGUCGUUGCUUUUGCCGACCGUAUCACGGUGGAUGAAGGCGGGUGGGUACCGCUUCCAGCUCACCAUGCGCUUACUGUUGACUCUGAUCUUGACCAAGAGGACUUAGUGGUGAAAGUCAUAACUUUGCCGAAAUAUGGAUACAUUGAAAACACCAGAACAGGUAGACGAUUUGGUCCCGGAGGCGCUACCAGCUCAGAUCUGACGUUUUCCAUUCAAGAUGUGGUGGAGAAUCUCAUUUAUUACUUUCAAAGCGUUCAUGAACAUAUUGAGCCCUCCACAGACACCUUCAGCUUUUAUGUCAGUGAUGGUUUCAGCCAAUCGGAAAUUAGCAGCGUCAAUAUCACUAUAAAGCGUUUGAAUGAUGAGCCUCCAGAACUGCAGUUGGAGCUUGUUAAAGUUCAAGAUGGUGACAGAGUGGUCAUCACAAACUCCUCCUUGAGGAUGAAAGACCUGGACACGCCUGACACCCAGCUGGUCUUUGCCAUCACCAAGAAACCCACUCAUGGCUUUCUGCUCAAGAGGCUGUCUCGGUUGCAUGCUUUGGAGAAUGGACAAGCCCUUUCGGAGGGUUCGACCUUCACCUAUCAGGAUAUCCUAGAUGAGCUGAUAGUUUAUGUGCUGGAGGGUCCCAGAGCCCAAACUGAUGAAUUCAGAUUCUCACUCACUGAUGGUAUCUACACCCAGAGUGGGAAGGUGGAGUUUUCCAUGGAGCAGCUGAGCACAGAUCCACCCAGACUGGACGUGAACAGAGGCCUGCAAAUUUCUGCUGAGGACCGGUUGCCUCCGUCCAUCACUGUCAACACCGGACUCUCCUUGGAUGAAAACUCAGUAAAGAAGAUCACCACCCUUGAGUUGUCCGCCACGGAUCAGGACAGCGAGCCAACAGAUCUCCUGUACAGGAUCAUCAAACAGCCCCAGCUGGGACACCUGGAGCACACGGCGUCACCAGGCAGAAGGAUCAGCUCUUUCAGACAGGCAGACCUCAUUUCCCACAGCGUCCAGUACAUUCAUACCAGCGAGGAUGAGAAACAUUUGGACUCCUUCACUUUCUCAGUUUCUGACAGCGUACACGAGGUGAGCCAGAUCUUUGACAUCAACAUUAAUCCUGUGGACGACUCUUUGCCCAUAGUGCAAAGCCUGGGGAUAAGAGUCCCGGAAGGAGUCAGGAAAACCAUCACAGAAUCUGAGCUGAAAGCCACAGAUGCUGACACAGAGGCCAAGUUCAUCAGAUUCUCUGUUGUACAACCCCCGCGCCAUGGCUUGAUAGAACAUACCAGCGAUGGGUACAAUUAUCGUCCAACUCAUGCUUUCACAAUGGAUGAUGUCUACCGAAAUCGGAUCAGCUAUAGUCACGAUGGGAGCAACUCGCUGAAUGACCGCUUCACCUUCACUGCAUCUGAUGGAACCAACCCCUUUUUUGUUGUGGAGGAGGAUGGGAAAGAGAUUGUAACUGCUGUGCCCCAGUGGUUCAGAGUGGAAAUCCUUCCUGUGGAUGAUGGGACCCCAAGAAUUGUCACUAACUUGGGCCUCCAGUGGCUGGAAUACAUGGAUGGCAAGCCCAAAAAUCUGAUCACCAAGAAAGAGUUGUUGACAGUGGAUCCUGAUACGGAAGACAAGCAGCUGAUCUACGAGAUCACAACAGGGCCCAGACAUGGCUAUGUGGAGAAGAAGCUGCAGCCAGGAACACCUGUGACUACGUUUACACAAGAGGAAGUGAACCUCGGACUGAUCCAAUAUGUGUUGCACGAGGAGAAGACUCAAGAGACAGAGGACAGUUUUAAUUUCCUGGUGAAGGAUACCAGACCCAGCGUGGCCACCGAUAAUGUUUUCCAUAUACAGUGGUCACUUAUCAGUUUUCAGCACACCAGCUACAACGUCAGUGAAAAGGCAGGUUCUGUCAGUGUAACCGUGAAGAGGACUGGAAACCUCAAACAGUACGCUAUUGUCCUCUGUCGAACUGAGCAAGGAACUGCCACUUCCAGAUCAACUUUAAAGCCAGGCGAACAGGACUAUGUGGAGCAUGCAGGCCAGGUACAGUUUGACGAGCGGGAGGACACCAAAUCCUGCACCGUCGCUAUCAACGACGACGACGUCUUCGAAAACACGGAGCACUUCGUGGUGGAGCUGAGCAUGCCGGCCUACGCCUUGCUGGGGAGGAUCACCACCGCCAAAGUCUUCAUCAGCGAUACGGAAGAUGAACCCACCAUACAGUUCGACAAGAAAGCCUACCACAUCAGCGAGAGUGCCGGCAUCCUCUCCGUCCCCAUUGAAAGGAAAGGAGACUCCAGCAGCAUUGUAUCGGCAGUUUGCUACACAGUCCCCAGAAGUGCCAAAGGCAGCAGUGUGUACGCACUGGAAUCCGGUUCAGAUUUUAAGUCCAGGGGAAUGUCCAAUGAGAACCGUGUUGUGCUGGGGCCUGGUGUGACUAUGACAACCUGUGACGUGACGCUGAUCGAUGACAGCGUGUAUGAAGAGGAGGAAGAGUUUGAAAUUGCACUGGCUGAUGCGUCAGAGAAUGCACGCAUUGGGAGCAUAGCAUCGGCCAAGGUCAUGAUCAAUGGACCCAAUGAUGCUUCCACUGUUUCUCUUGGAAAUGCUACUUUUACGGUCAGCGAAGAUGCAGGGAUUAUUGAAAUCCCAGUGACCAGGCACGGACCUGAUCUCUCCAUCCCCACCUCGGUGUGGUGUGCCACUCGGAUGUCAGACCCGCCCUCCGCCACUCCAGGGGUCGAUUACAUCCCCAGCUCCAAGAAGGUGGACUUUCGUCCAGGCAGAACUGAAGAGUACUGCACUUUGACCAUCCUAGAUGAUGCACAGUAUCCGGUGAUCGAAGGGGCGGAAACAUUUGUGGUCUAUUUAAGCUCACCACAAGGAGCCGAACUGGCCAAGCCUUCCCAAGCAGUGGUCGCCAUUAAUGAUGCCUUCCAGGACGUGCCAAGUAUGCAGUUCAAUAACGAUCUGUACCCUGCGAAAGAGAAGGAUGGGAUCCUGCACCUUCCUAUCAUCCGUUCCGGAGACCUGAGCUACGAGUCCUCUGUCAGGUGUUACACCCAGAGUCACACGGCAAAGGUCCUGGAGGAUUUUGAGGACAGAAGAAAUGCUGAGGAAUCGCGCAUCACUUUUCUGAAAGGAGAGAAGGUGAAGAACUGCACCAUCUAUAUUAAUGACGACUCUGCAUUUGAGCCAGAGGAAAAGUUCCAGGUGUAUCUAAGCAACCCCCUUGGAAACCACUGGAGUGGAGCGACCGUUGGGAAAAACAAUAUGGCCGCCAUCAUAAUCACCAAUAAUGAGGAUGCACCGACCAUUGAAUUUGAAGAAGCAGCCUACCAGAUCCGUGAGCCUCCAGGGCCGGACGGGGUUGCUUUCUUAAACGUCAAGGUGAUCCGAAGAGGGGACCAAAACAGGACCUCAAAAGUCCGCUGCAGCACCCGGGAUGGCUCAGCACAGUCUGGAAUUGAUUACUACCCAAAAAGUCGAGUCCUUAAGUUUAGCCCUGGGGUAGACCACAUCGUGUUUAAGGUGGAGAUCAUGUCUAAUGAAGACCGGGAAUGGCACGAGUCCUUUUCAUUGGUGCUGGGACCGGACGAUCCCAUCGAGGCAGUCCUGGGAGAGAUCACCACAACCAUAGUAACCAUUCUGGAUCAGGAAGCUGCCGGAAGCCUCAUUUUACCCGCACCACCCAUUGUGGUUACCCUGUCUGAGUAUGACCAUGUAGAAGAAGACGCCAAAGACGGUGUCAAGAAGUCUCCGUCUCCAGGAUACCCGCUGGUCUGUGUGACCCCCUGCGACCCUCACUUCCCCAAGUACUCUGUCAUGAAGGAACGUUGCAGUGACGCUGGCAUUAAUCAGUCCUCCAUACAGUUCAGCUGGGAGGUGGCGACCCCCACCGAUGGAAAUGGAGCCAGGUCCCCCUUUGAAACGAUUACAGACAACACGCCGUUCACCAGCGUCAAUCACAUGGUGCUGGACAGCAUCUAUUUCAGCCGGCGCUUCCACGUGCGUUGCAUGGCCAAAGCUGUUGAUAAGGUUGGCCAUGCUGGCACGCCCCUGAGAAGCAACGUGGUCACCAUUGGGACGGACAGCGCCAUCUGUCACACGCCGGUGGUGGCUGGGACAGCCCGGGGGUUCCAGGCACAGUCGUUCAUUGCUACGUUGAAGUAUCUGGAUGUCAAGCACAAGGAACAUCCCAACAGAAUCCACAUCUCGGUGCAGAUUCCACACCAGGACGGCAUGCUGCCUCUCAUCUCCACCAUGCCUCUGCACAACCUGCACUUCCUAUUGUCGGAGUCCAUCUACAGGCACCAGCACGUCUGCUCCAACCUCGUCAGCAUCCAAGACCGCAAAGGCAUCUCCGAUGCUGGGUUCCUGGAUGAAGUGACCUACCACAGAAUCGUUCUGGGACCCGGGUACGAUCGGCCGUACCAAUUUGACCCCAGUGUGAGGGAGCCAAAGACGAUCCAGCUCUACAAACACCUGAACCUGAAGAGCUGCAUUUGGACCUUUGAUGCUUACUAUGACAUGACAGAAUUAAUUGAUGUCUGCGGAGGAUCGGUCACGGCUGACUUCCAGGUACGCGAUUCAGCCCAGUCCUUCCUGACUGUCCACGUCCCGCUCUACGUGUCCUACAUUUACGUGACGGCACCCAGAGGGUGGGCCUCUCUCGAGCAUCACACGGAGAUGGAGUUCUCCUUUUUUUAUGACACUGUUCUCUGGAGAACAGGUAUUCAGACCGACAGCGUCCUUUCGGCCAGGCUGCAAAUAAUAAGGAUCUACAUCCGAGAGGACGGCCGCCUCGUCAUUGAGUUCAAGACUCACGCCAAGUUCAGAGGACACUUUGUGAUGGAACACCACACCUUGCCCGACGCAAAGUCCUUCAUCAAGACUCCUGACCAUCUGGGAGGGAUAGAGUUUGACCUGCAGCUUUUGUGGAGCGGCCAGACUUUUGACUCCCCUUACCAGCUCUGGAGAGCCACCAGUUCCUACAGCAGGAAGGAUUACUCAGGGGAAUAUACUAUCUACUUAAUUCCGUGUACGGUACAGCCCACACAAUCGUGGGUCGAUCCCGGAGAUAAGCCAUUUCCUUGUACUGCUCACGCUCCCGAAAAAUUUUUGAUCCCAAUUGCCUUUCAGCAAACUAACCGGCCCGUCCCUGUUGUGUAUUCCCUCAACACCGAGUUUCAGCUCUGCAAUAAUGAAAAAGUAUUCUUGAUGGACCCGACCAAAUCGGAAGUGUCGGUGGAAGAGAUGGACUACAGAGGAGCUUUCUCAAAGGGUCAAAUCCUGUACGGCCGAGUGAUGUGGAACCCUGAACAAAACCUCAACUCUGCCUACAAGCUGCAGCUGGAGAAGGUCUAUCUCUGUACUGGAAAGGAUGGCUACGUGCCUUUCUUUGACCCCACUGGGACCAUAUAUAAUGAGGGACCCCAGUAUGGAUGCAUCCAACCCAGCAAGCACUUAAAACACAGGUUUCUACUGCUGGACCGGAAUCAACCAGAAGUGACGGACAAAUAUUUUCAUGACGUACCUUUCGACGCCUGUUUUGCCUCUGAAUUGCCAGAUUUCCAUCCCGUCACCAGCAUGCCUGGAGUGGACGGCUUCAUCAUGAAGGUGGACGCGCUCUACAAGGUGGAAGCUGGGCAUCAGUGGUACCUUCAAGUGAUCUACAUCAUUGGCCCCGAGACCAUCACGGGCCCUCGAGUCCCACGCUCCCUCGUGCACCAGCUGAACCGCCACCGCCGGGAUCUUGUGGACAACCGGGGAGGUCCGGCUCUGGAUGACUCCUUGAUCUAUGACAACGAAGGAGAUCAAGUCAAGAACGGCACCAAUAUGAAGUCGCUCAACCUGGAGCGCCAAGAGGCCGUCUCCGCCGCCUCUCUGUCUCAAACGGGAGCCUCCAUCGGUAGCGCCUUUGCAGCCGUCAUGCUAUUGCUCCUGGUGCUGUUGGUCGUUUGCUUUGUGACCCAGAAGUGUCGGAAACACAGGAAAAAGAAAAAGUCCACAAAGGGCGGCCCAGAGGAGUAUCCCCUCAACACCAAAGUGGAGGCUGCCAGGAGAAGCACAGAGAGGGGAGAAAAAAAUGUAAACAGACAGUAUUGCACCGUGAAGAACUUGAAUAUACUCUGUGAAAAUGAAGGGACCUACAAGGUCAAAGGGGCAAAGGUCAAGCAAGUGAACUUGGAGGUGAAGGUUCACAACAAUUUACAUGAUGGAACAGAAGUUUAAUGGCGCACAGAUUUCCUUUUUGUAACAUCUUUUUAUAAAUUGUAAAAAAAAAAGUAUAUACCUAAAAAAAAAAAAGGAACACCCAUCCUGGUAUUUUUAUGAAUAAUCUUAUGGGGAAAGGGAAGAAUUACACUGUUUGUUUUUUUCGCUUGCUCGAGCGGCGAGCAAGCAACACGUCCCCCGCGUGCGUCUGCUCGGCAACGGGCCUACCUCAUUGAAAGCAGAUCCGUCUGAAGCUCCUGAGGCGGAUUGUGCGAACUGGCAUCUCUUGGAUCACGUCACCUAAACCGGACGGCUGCCCAAACUCUCCAGUUCUGUUUGUUGGGCUCUCGCUGCAGAAAUGGUCUUUCUCAUUUUAGAAAACAAAAAGCACAACACUCAACAUCCUCACGGGGCCUAACUGGAGGUGGAAGAACCAGAGUUCUAUUCUCGUGGGCGACAGGCAACGACAUUUGCCCCGAGACAUUUCUACGCUAGAACUGACUGUUGCUGCGUUUUUC